GCUGCGGCGCGCCGCUGAAUUAACUGAUGAGAGCGAGUUCUUUUCUUCUCCGGGAGGGGUGGGGAGCGAGGGUCCUGGCGGGCAAGGCGGAGAAGCCCGGGGCAGGAUAGCGGUCCCGGGCCGCGGUGGAAAUUUCCAAGGACUUGGCGCGGCGCGGGGAGCGUGUCUGGGGGGUGCCUGGCGGUGAAGCAGCACGGGAGGCGGGGAGAGGCGGCGAAGGGCGCCAGAGCAUCUCUCAGAAGCGGACGCCGCGGGCCAGUAGUCUGGGAGGGAGCCGAGCCUCUCCCCGGACCCGCGCCGAGGGCGACAGUGAUGCUGCAGAACCGGCGGGAGCGACUCGCCGCGGCCGCUCUCUGCGCUCUCGGAGACCCCAGCGCCCGCCUUCUGCAGGGGAAGCGACCAUGACCGUAGCUCGUGAUUCGCCCCCCGGCCACUUCCCCUAGAAAGAAACCAUUGAAAAAGUUGCAUUUAAAAAAAUCCUUGCGCUGACCUUUGGGGCCGUGGGGGCCGAAGAAACGUGCGUGCCAGUGCAAGCCAGAAAGCGGAAGGUGUGUGUGCAUGGGGGGCCGGCGGUGGGGGGACCCUCUGCUGCCACUUUGCCUAACGCUGUGCUGAAGCCGCCCCCUCGGGACCCCGGGGCUGCGAUGAGCCCCUGCGGGCGGGCCCGGCGACACACGUCCAGAGGGGCCAUGGCAGUACUGGCGUGGAAGUUCCCGAGGACCCGGCUGCCGGUGGGAGCCAGUGCCCUUUGCGUCGUGGUCCUCUGUUGGCUCUACGUCUUCCCAGUCUACCGACUGCCCAACGAGAAGGAGAUCGUACAAGGGGUGCUGCAACAGGGCACGGCGUGGAGAAGGAACCAGACAGCAGCGAGAGUCUUCAGGAAACAGAUGGAAGACUGCUGUGACCCCGCCCAUCUCUUUGCUAUGACUAAAAUGAAUUCCCCCAUGGGGAAGAGCAUGUGGUAUGAUGGGGAGUUUUUAUACUCAUUCACCAUUGACAAUUCAACUUAUUCUCUCUUCCCCCAGGCAACCCCAUUCCAGCUGCCCUUGAAGAAAUGCGCGGUGGUGGGAAAUGGUGGGAUUCUGAAGAAGAGUGGCUGUGGCCGUCAAAUAGAUGAAGCAAAUUUUGUCAUGCGAUGCAAUCUUCCUCCUUUGUCAAGUGAAUACACUAAAGAUGUUGGAUCCAAAAGUCAUUUAGUGACAGCUAACCCCAGCAUAAUUCGGCAAAGGUUUCAGAAUCUGCUGUGGUCCAGGAAGACAUUUGUGGACAACAUGAAAAUCUAUAACCACAGUUACAUCUACAUGCCUGCUUUUUCUAUGAAAACAGGAACAGAGCCAUCCCUCCGGGUUUAUUAUACACUGUCAGAUGUUGGUGCCAAUCAAACAGUGCUCUUUGCCAACCCCAACUUUCUGCGUAGCAUUGGAAAGUUCUGGAAGAGUAGGGGAAUCCAUGCCAAGCGCCUGUCCACAGGACUUUUUUUGGUGAGUGCAGCUCUGGGCCUUUGUGAAGAGGUAGCCAUCUAUGGUUUCUGGCCCUUCUCUGUGAAUAUGCAUGAACAGCCCAUCAGCCACCACUACUACGAUAAUGUCUUGCCCUUUUCUGGCUUCCAUGCCAUGCCAGAAGAAUUUCUCCAGCUCUGGUAUCUUCAUAAAAUUGGUGCACUGAGAAUGCAGCUAGACCCAUGUGAAGACACUCCAUUCCAGCCCACUUCCUAGGGACCAUGGGAAAAGAAAGAACUGAGCCAGGGUAUUUUUGUUAGAUUUUUUACAUGACUCCAAAAGGAAAUGGUCAAGUCGUUUCAUGGAUUCACAUGGGCCACUUGGAAAAACAAAACAAAACAACUACAAACCCCCAAAAGAAACUCUACUUUGAUGAUGGCUUGGAAGACAAACAAGAAAUGAAACAUCCUAUGAAAUAUUUUGUAGACUGUGGAUUUGCAACUAGUAACACGCUGAUGGAGUAUGGAGUUGGUGAAACACAUUUACAUGGUUCUGAUCUAGACGGUGCAGUUCACAAACAAAACAGAACUCUAGCUGCUGAGGCUGAGCAAUUAAUCAAGGUAGAGUAAAGGAAAUGCCAGGGCAAAGUGUUACUGAUUAUCAACACAAUCUGGAUUAAAAAAAACCUAUCGUAUAUUAUAGAACAUAGGUUUUUAAAAAAAUUAAUAUUUAUUUUUGCCCUAUUGAGGGGCAGUGAGUGGGUGAUGAGGUAGAUUAAAAAAAAACCUUACUGAGUAAUAAAGAUGUGAAACACUACAGCUAAUUAUUGUGAUUUGUUGAACCAAGUCUAUGUUAACUUUAGUCUCCUUACAUUUAAAAAAUGUUAAAUAAGAAUUGCUUCUUCUCCUUUUGUCAAAUCUACUUAGACAAUGUGAAUGAAGCAUUGUAGAAUUUAGACUGUGUUGGUUCAUAGUCUGGAUAAUGUGAGAUACUUUCUCUCCUCAGAAUUGAGGGCAUAAACUCCAUUGUAGGCCUGCAUUAUUUAAGCCUAUUUGUAUUAUUAUGUUAUUUCAGUGCAAAAAGGCUGCAAAUAUGAGUGCAUUAUUUAUUUGCAAAUUAGCAUAAUCGUCUUCCUAAUUUAAUGCUCAGAGAUGAAGUAAAGCACAAUGAUGUAAGGUUUAGUCUGGAAACAGACUGGAGGGCACAUCCCUUUUCUAUCUACCAUUGUAUAUUAUUCACUCCAAGAUACAUGCAAACAAAACAUGCAUAUAUUUAUGUACACACACACACAUACACACAGGUAAACAAAGCUCAUUCCCAUACAAGUAGGAAAGCUGAACCCACAUGACCUAGUAUGGCAAAAUCUGUACCAUUGUCAAAGAGCUACAAAUGUAUAUUAUUUGUAAUAAUAAUACAAAUACGAAUAAUACACCACCUCACCUUGAUAAAAGACAGGCCGGCUUACUGCUGCUUCUCAUAGUGCUCACACCAGCGUCACCCCCAAAUGCUUACCCCAAAUGAGCAGAAUUGUUUUACUCAUUCUGACUCUCCCUAACAUCUCAUGAAUGGACCUUGUGUUGAGGGUGGUGACACAAGGCAUGAUUCAUACAAGUAAAGGGAUGUGAAUUUGUAGAUGUUGAUUCCCCUGAUAGUAGCAGGUAAGGCUACUGCGAAAGCUUUUUACAUCAGCUUUCACACUGCAAACAAACUCUACUGACAGAUUACAAGCAGCCAAAUGUGUUUACAUGUAAGAGGAAGAUAAAAGAGGCCUCUCGUUGUCUUUGUGCUUUGGAAUGCCUUAAUCUAAAGGGAGACACUAGAAAUCACUCUUUUCAUUCUUUUAAAUGUCAUCAGAAUGUAACCAAACUAUGCCAAAAAGUUCUGCUUCACUUUUAAUGGUAGAGACUUAGUAUACCACAUAAAUUAAAACAGGUGACAGUUUUUGGUGGGUUAAUUUAAAAGAUACUGAGUCAAUGAAGCCCUUGGAAAAAUUCAACAUCAUUGGAAUAGGCAAUUUCUAAAUAAGAGUAAAUAUUGAGGUUAUUAUAGAAAUCAGCUGUUAAAAAUGACUGGUUGACAUAACACAGAUUAUACUGAUAUUUGGAAAGUUAAGAAUUUGAGAGUAUUGAUAUCUUGUAGAACUGAUUUGCUAUUUUGAUUCUAUAUUGCUGCAAAGAGGUAAUGAGACUGUACUAUGAGUGAGUUAUAGUAAAUAUGCACUAUAUGUGAAACCCUAAACCUAUUUCCUCUUUAGACCUAUUAUUAUUUAAUAAUUACCGUAGAAAGGAAUACAUUUGUACCUAUACACUUCAUCAAAGGUAAAAGGGCUAAUGAAAAACAUAUAUGUCACACGAAUUAGUACUUUAACUGAUGAAAUUGUUAAAAUGUAAUUAAUGAGCUCCCUAAAACCCAUACGUCACAGUUCCACUGAAACUGCUAUUUGGAAAUUUCACAUCUUGUUAUGAUUUCUGGGAUAGAUUUACAUAAUAUAGUGUGCAAUUUUUAGUCUAUAUAUUUGUGGCUUUGGAAAGGCAAACAGAAAUGGCCUGAGAUGAUAAUGUUUAUUUAGACCAGUACUUCUCAACUGGGGUAAUUCCCCUCCCCUAUCUGUGACAUUUGGCAAGGUCUAGAAACAUUUUUGAUUGUCAUGAUUUGGAAGAUGCUACUGGCAUCUACUGGACAGAGGCCAGGGAUCCCACUAAACAUUCUACAGUGCAGAGAUCAGCCCCCCACAGCAAAAAUUACCCAUUCUAGAACAUUAAUAGUGUCAAUGUUGAAAAUGCUGGAUUAGACCAAAAGAAUACUUUGACUGCCCCAACUUUUCUUCACUUAAGGAUACAUAUACAUGCUCACAUCAUUCAAAGUAUGACUACCAUUGAACAAGAAUGUUUUCUUAGAGCAGAUUGCAGUUGGCAUUAUUUUAUACUGACAAUGCAUAGGUAUGCCAUCCAUAUUCCCUUUCUUGUGGUUAGAUAGAUGUAUCUAAACUUAGAAAUGUGUGUGUGUGUGUGUGUGUGUGUGUGUGGAUAGGGGCAUUAUAGCAUAGGCUAUACAUAUCUGUCCUUCUUGAAAUACAUGUGUCCCUAAGUGAGGAUCUCUCCAGAAUUAUCUUGCAGAAUAGUCUGGAAUACUCUAUUACUAUUAAGAAGUUGAAUUCUAAGCACCUAUUAUUUUAUCUGAAACUGAGAACUUCAGAAUUGGACCUCAUACUUUGCCAAAUUUGGUCAAUGACAUUUUAAUACUGCUGACCCUUAAGGUUAGCUGAGAAGAUAUUCAGGUUAUAGUAGACACAGUCAGUAAGAAAAUAUUUCAUCACUUUCAACGCAUCUGCCAAAAGAGGGAGUCAACCUCUCUAAUCUUUAAAUUGUUUUUUAUUGACGAAAACUAGGUUGCUCCAUGGGGGCAAGAGAGGGGGUGAAGAGACUGAAAAUGGGUACCUGAUACGAGUUUUUAACUUUUAUCAGCUCCAGUUUGAGAAUUACACUGAUGCUAAGGAUCAUGAGUAAGGGUGACCUCCAUUUAAUUUUAAUCACACGUUAGCAAAAUUAAGAUGGGUGAAGGAUUAAGUCAUUCUCCAAGAUAGAAAAGUGAUUUUUAUAUGAAAUAUUUUUAUAUGGAAGAGGACAGUGGAUACAUAUGCUUUAUAUAGAGUAUUUGACCAACAGUUUAUAUAACAUUGUGCAUCUGAACUGCAACUAACACAUGAAGUUAAGGAGUGCCCCUGGGAUUUUGCUUCCAUAUAGUUCACUGUUAUUUUAACAAGGUAAUAUUCCAAAAUGAUACAAAUGACCCCAAAAGGCAGAUGUUCAGACAAUACCUAUUGGAGUUUUUGAUGUCUCAUGACCUUCUCUUGGCUGCAAACUUUCUUUAGGAUACAUAUAACUUAUACCUGGAGCAAUGGGCAACACAGUUUAACAAUCUACAUGGAAAAUAAUGGAAGAAAUCCCAGGAUUCUGAAUUUGACAAAAAUAUUCUCAGUCAGAAGCUCUACAGAAGUGUUAUAGACUAUUCCAAAUAGAAAAAAAAUAUCAAUGACGUUUCUUCUUGUUACCUACUAUCAUAGUUUUGUAAUUUUAUUAUAGAUAGCUUUCCAUUUCUUUGUUUGAAAAA